UAUAAAUAACUUUUUAUAAAUAAACAUUAACCAAAAUGGAUAAAUAAUCAUAAAUCUAUAAAAACAAAAGUUUUUAAAUAAAAAUAACACAAAAAUGUUUAGUGUUUAGCAUAUAAAAUGAAUAAAUACAAUAAUAAUGGUAAUUUCUCCAGAGCCCCUGUAGGGGACUCUUCAAUGCGUUUUAAUAAACGUCCACGUUAUGGAGUAAAUAAUAGUGGCGCUAAAAGUUCGCCUAGGUUCAAACGUCAAAAUCAAACUGGCUAUCAAUAUUCGCCAAAUAGAAAUGUUACAACAGAUCCUUUUCAGUGUAAUCCAUAUGAUAAAGGCCCCAGAAAUUUUUAUGGCAUUUCACCGAAACGACCAAAUUAUAAUCCACAAAAGAAUAACCAGUCAUCGUCACCUUAUUUACAUAAGCCUAACGCAUCAGCGAUUUCAUCUCCCUCCUCCUCCUCAUCAUUUUCUCUGAAUACCCAAAAUGUUUUAAAUUUACCACCAACUCAACCGCCACCUAUGUCCUCAACUUCAGUGGCGGCACAAAAUAGCCAACAGCAGCAGCUCACUCCCAAUAUGAUGGAUAAUUCUAAUUUAUAUGGAUUUGGUUAUAAUAGUUAUUAUCCCACCAGUUAUAAUAACGACAGAGUUUCGACAGAUACCACUUCAUCAUAUGGCGUGACUGAUGCUAUAACUCCAUUUAUGUGGCAAACAAUAACAUCUACACCACCGCCAAAAUUGCCACAACAUCAGCUGCAGCAACAGCCGCCACUGCCUCAACCACAGCCACCACCUAUACUACCUCCAUUGCCAAGUGAUGAUAAAUUGCCAUAUUUACCGCCACCACCAAUGUCCGCUUCCUCUAUGUCUCCUACAACAUCGUCACCAAGUUCAGCAAAAUUUAAUUUCAAAAAUAAUAUAUCAAGUGAUAAGAAAACUGCGGCUAAAACAAUUGUUAAAAUGAAAACAAAACGAAAAGCCAUUUCGGAACGAUAUCGCUUAAGUAAAUCCUGGUGCGAAGAAGAUGCCAUACUGGCCCUUAAGGCCGAAGAGUCAAAUGCCAGAAAACUACAGACAGAUAUAAUAUUAAUCAUUCGUUUUCCUGAUCCUGAACUAAGUCGUGAAAUUGUAAAAUGUUAUAGUCCUGAUAUAGAAUCUGUGCAUUUUCAAUUGAAUUAUGCGCCACGUUAUUGUUUGGUACAUCUGAAACCAGGAACAGAUGUGGAGAAAACUAUCGAUGAUCUAUCGAAGGUACCAUUUGGUACGGGAUUUUUAUCAGUGGAAAUUAAACAAAUUCCCUAUAAAGUUCAUAGUACUAAAUUGAAUGAAGUUGAUCCUUAUACUUUGUACGUGGGCAAUUUGCCAACAACUAUAGCAUGUAAAACCCUAAAGAAUCAUUUUCCUGGUGCUGCACGUAUUGAUAUUGGUUUUGCACAACGUAUGAAAUAUACUCGUUAUGCAUUUAUACGCUAUCAAAGUGUAGAGAAGGCCAUUGAUGCCUACAAUCGUAUGUUGGAUGCUGAAAUAGGUGGUCGUACAAUAACUAUACGUUUUAGACGUGUUACAGCUACAACUGAGGGCAAUAAAGAUGGAGAUGCUGAACAUCUCGAUAGUAUGCAUGAUGAUGAACUAAUAAAUCACACAACACUAGAAUCAGAUGAAAAAACUGUUGGAGAAAAUACCGAAUCAUUUGAUGUUUUACAGGCAAAUAAUACUGCAGAUGUUGAGGAACAUAACUCAAAUGAUGGCGUUGAAAAAGUUUCACAUGAUUUGGAUAUAAGUACUGAUAAUAAUUCAACGGAAGCCGCUUCCACUGCUGAAAAAAAUUCAGAAGCAGAAGAUAAUGUUUUUAUACCUCUAACGUCGUCCACUUCAAUUACAAGCACAAUUGAGAGUUUACACAAUAAAACAAAGUUAUGUUUUUCAACUGGAGACAAUUCAGCAUUGGAAACCAAUAACACUGAACCUCCUACAAUCAGCACAAGUCAAGCAAACAAUAGCAACUCAAUAGUCCCUAAUAUAAAACCAGAACCUGAUAUUGAUCCGUCUGAUAUAGUUAUACGCGAUAAUGCUCUAACUUCUCGCUUGGAUGGAAACAAUGAUAAUAUAAAACAGGAGGAACAAAUAGCAUUAUAUGAUGAAUUUUUUGCACCUCCCAAUAAUCAAAAUGAUAAUAAUAAGGAAAAUUCAGGAAAGUCAAAUAAUAAUGAUGUAGUUUCUUUACAUUCAACAGCUGAUGAAACAGAUACCAUGUCUACGGUAUCGACAAAUAGUUUAGGAGAGUUUUUACAAAAUUGUCAGAGAUCUCAGAUGCGUGCCAAUUGUAUGGAAAAUUUAGGACCGCCACCAGCUAAAAGAAAUAAACAACCUGAAGACGUUUUGACAGCCACAGUUAAACAAGAAUCACCAGAAAGUAACAAUAUUGUAACUGCGAAAGAUUUAACACAAUUUACUAAAGAUACGAUUGCUGCGGCUAACGUUAAACAGGAGCUUUUGGAAGAACCAAAUGUUAGUGAUAAAACUACUUCUACUACAGACUCUGCAAAUAAAAAAGUUCCUAAAAGAAGAGAUAGAGUACAAGCAGCAAUAAAUCCUGUCAUUACUAAAAACUCCACAAUAUCUGCUAGUACUGACGAUGUAGUACCCUCAACGGCAUUGUUUUUUAGAAGUAAUAGUCAAACUAGUUUAACAGUACCUAGCAAUGACAGUGAUUAUGAUGAGUUCUAUGAUACUCGCACAAAUAUAUCAUCCCAGACAACUACUAGUGUUGCAAAUAUUAAAAAAGAACCCCUUAACAUAUCAGCAAACAAAAGCACAAAUGAAAAUUGUAGACCUAAAGAAGAAAAUGGAGAAGUACUUAAUAGAAGAGAUGUAAAUAAAGAAAGUAAACUAAGUCAAAUGAGAAAUAAUAUAAGUUCCCUUACAACAUCAAAUACUCCUAUUGAUGAAGAUGAUUUAGUACCGGCACAAAAUAUUUUGGGCUCCUAUCGGCCUUUUCGCAGUGAAAUUAAAGAAGAAAUGGAACAUGAUGAUAUAUUUGCGGUACCCAUUAACAGAGCAAAUAAUUUAAGCGAAAAUAAUUAUUUGGACAAUCUUAACAAUGAAACAGUUUCGAAUUUGACGUCUCUGUCAGAUAGAAGUUCAGCAACAAGAAAUGAUAUUGGGAAAAGAAGUACGGAAUUUAAGGAAAAUGAUGAUGAUGUCAUCAUCGUAUCCGAAAACAUAACGCCUCAAGCCAAGCAAACAAAUUCAAAUUCAUCACUAUUAAAUAACAUCAUUUUCCGCCGUCAUACGGAUUUAGUAACAUUUACAUCGAAACCUAUUGUCGCCGUAACAAUUCCUAAACGUGAAGUUUCUACGCUAAUACAUCAUGAUAAUCUCGAUAGAUUGUAUGAACAAUUAGAUGCCGACUCAGACAACGAGUUAUGAUACUUCAUAUGGCGAAAAAAACAACAAACACUCUUUUAGUAACAAGGUGUUUAUUAUACAUACUGAAAUUGUGUAAAUAGGUUGUAAAUAGGGAAACGUACGGAUAUAAUUCCCUAAAAAAGAAAAGGAACAAAAAAAGAACACAGAUUCUAUGUUUUUAAAUUUUAUAAAUGGUAAGGAUUUUUAAUUUAAUUUAAUUACUUCUAAAUAUUAGAAUUACUUAGAAUAUACAUAAGUAUUUAAGUUAUUUAUAGAAAUUAAGGCCGCUUUUAUAAUUAAAUGUUCUAAAUUAUAUAAAUUUGUGCAAACUUCUUUUCUAUGGCAGCAAAAGAACAAUUUAUAUAGUUUCACUUGAGUUGAGUCUAUUCAGUCUUGUUGUAUGUUUGUUGGAAUCAAGUCGAAUUAAUCUGUCACAUAUAUGUACAUAAGAAAGUUUUGUUAUUGGAAAUCUGUAAGUUUUGGUGCAAAAAUGGCUGCCACAAGAUUUAAAAUAAUAACUACUUCGAUUUAUUGAUUUAUUUAGUUCUAGAACUACUGCAAACGUAAACUCUUCAGAUUCUUAAACCGCAAUCUAGUUUGGUGAUGCCGCCAUUACUUUUGGAAACCGUUCAGUUACCUAUUAAUAAGUCUAUAGAUGAGACUAUAGACUAUACUCUAGACUAAGCUAUAGACUAAACUAUAGACUAGACUAUAGACUAG